GUUGCUUGCAGCUGUUUCGAGUUUUUCCCGCCAAAAACCAGAACAAGUGUCUCACUCGCUCCAUUUGCAAGCCUUUCCCCCCGCCUCAGUCCUGAGCUCUGGCUGGCGUUAACACAUGCCAUCGGUGCGUGAGUGGAAGCGGCUGCUGGGCAAGGCGCAGGCGAAGGCGGACGCUGCGGAGGCCACCCCGUCGCUGUCCAAGGCCGCGCUGGAGGAAGUGAGCCGAAUCACAACGCUGAUCGGGACGCUGCUGCUGGAGGACGAGAGCAAGCCGCGGGAGGCCCUCGAGUACCUGCAUCGCGGUCUGGAGCUGGCCACGGCGCUGCACGGCGAGGACAGCCUCGACCACGCGACCGUCCUGCGCUUCAUCGGCGUCUGCCACGCGCGGCUGGGCGACUUUGCGCGCGCAAUCGAGAGCCAGCAACGCUACCACGCGACCGCCGUCCGCGUCCACGACAAUGUCGAGCGCCAACGUGCUCUGCAGACGCUUGGAAACACGUACAUGGAAUUCGCAGAGGCUCUGCUGGCUGAAACUGCAAGCGAUCCCGUCGAGGACGACGAUGAUGAUGAUGAUGACGAUGAUGACGAUGAUGACAAGAAGCCUAGUCGUAGCUUGAUAGCGGGAAACGCAAGCCAACAGCCCACAACUGCUGCUGCUGCUGCUAGUCCACCUGCUGCAUGCGACACAGGGCAACUCGCGGCGAUGGAGAUUGAAUCAACCCCGUCCGAAACUGAAACAUUCACAAGAAACCGUCGACGCUUCAAGGCGGAGCCACUGUCGACCAACGACGCAACAAGUGUUGUCAACCAUUGCGACUUUUUGGAGGACGCACACACGGCUGACAGGGACCGAAGCCAGACAGCUCCCGGGAACGACGACAACGACGACGACAAUGCCCUACUUCCGAGACACUUGCGGCCACUCACAACCGCAGCACGAGGGCGACACUUUCUGGCAAGAGCGCGUGUGGCAUACGAAGCGAGCUUGGCGCUCGUGGCAGAGCUUCCCGCAGCUCGAGUCAACGACCGCGAACGCGAUGAAAUGCGUUGCGGUCUCUACCUGAACAUUGGCAAUCUGUGCGAGCUGCAGCACAAGCGACGCCGCGCGUUGCACUUUGUCAACUCGUCGCUCGUCCUUGCAAGACAGCUGGGCGAUGCGUCUGCAGAGUCCCGUGCGCUGCUGGCCACGGGCUUGCUCUAUCUGGAGCUGCGCGAGUUUGCUUCCGCCAACCGAGCCCUGUCGUUAUGCCUGACGAUGGCGCGACAGCGCAAAGACAAGCCCAUGGAGUGUGAGGCCUUGAUCAAUCUCGGGAGCGUGUGCGUCGCGCAGCUCGAGCUGCCGGCGGCCCGUCGCCGCUUUCGCAAGGCCUACUUGCUCGCGUCGACCACCGAGGAGCGGCUCGUCAUGAAGCUCGCCGCCUCCAACAUUCGCAAAGUCCGCGGGCUGCGGCGGAUUCACGAGACCAUGACCAGUCUUGACACGCGAUUGCGAGAGUUUGCCCAGACGUCGGGCGACGAUGCUGUUUCUGCAAGGCUGCGGGUACGUCGACAAACCGAUGUGGAGGAAUCAAUCGCCGAUGGUUAUUGCGAAAUGCUUGCCCCUUUGGUUGCCCUUCCCCAUUAUCAACGCGCCAUCCGACUGUUGGAGGACCAUCCGGAUGCCUUCGCCAACCAGGAGAAUGCUUCAGGCGAUCAAGCAUUCCCUUUGAGUGAGGUGUCAUCAUCCACAUCGCACAUGCACGUCGUGGAUGAUGUGGACGAGGUGCUGCUCGUAGGCAGUGCGCCGUCCAGCGGCGGACGCGACCACCCAACCACCACCAGUCAUGUUGUUGCGGGAAACGCCACGUCAUUCCCCAUGUUGCCUGUAUUGGCCUACCAACGACGACUAGCCGCGCUGUACUCCUCUGCUGCAAUGUGUCUGGAGGACGCGCGAGAGUUUCGUGACGCUGCGCGGCUGUUUGAGCGAGAAUCCGAAAUCUACACGCACAUCCAGGAGCUCGUUGCGCAGAAUUUUGAAGCAAAUCCUCCAAUGCUUGAAUCGGCCCGGUUUACGCUCGGGCGAGUUGGCACAGAUGUAGCUGCCCUGUCUCCUGCGCUGCGCCGGAAAUUCAAUCACGCGCAGUUCGAGGCCGCUCUGACGGAGGCGCACGCGACCGCCCUCUUCCACUUUGCGAAAGCGACAAGGAACGAGCUACGCAGUGUCCUCGUGCCAGACUCGGCUGGCACGGCAACGGGAGGAGCCCUCCAUCCGCCGAGUUCGCAGCCGAACAUUGAGCUGCAGCUGCACGCGUCACUCGACGCUGCCGAGCGCGCCCAGUCGCUUCUCAACCAAUCGGCGUCGUCGUUGCUCUCGACGCUUGAAGCGUUGAUGGCGGGUCGGGACGGGCUGCCUCGAAGCUCGCCCCUCAAUUCAGUGUACCAGUCCUUGCAGCAUGUGUUGUUGCAGUACCUGAAAUCCAAACUGGCGCAUCGCGAGUGCGUGCUGCAGUUUGCCUGCCGCCUGUCGUCCCUGCGCGGCUUGCGUCGAGCGUUUUCUGAAACGGCAUCGACUGCAGCAGCAGCAUUCUCGUCGUCUUCGUUGUCGGUCUUCUUGUCUACCAUGGAAGCACGCUCGAAAUCCUUCCAACAAGCGCUGCUUGCCGUUCAUGAGGAACUUUCAGCAUGUCUUUCAGACAUGCGACGCUUGAAAUCUGCGGCUACAUCAUCGCCGAUGGAGUCCGGGAGCGGCCCUGUCCCCAGCACUAGCACUAGCAGCAGCAGCGGCGUCGAAGAAGAAGUGUCGCUCGAAUCGCUUCUCGAUACCUGCUUGCCCUACAGCUGGUCGGACUGGCACGCCGACAUGCCGGACUAUACCCAGGUGCGCGCUGGUCGGCCGCCGCGGAAGGUGCAGCCAGACCACCCCGAGGACAGCGGUGACAACGACAGCGAAAGAAACGACUCGGAUGAAGGCGAGAAUGACGACGACGACGAUGACGACGCGACCGAGAUUGAGCUUUCCUCGGACAAUGACGAGGUCGACUCGGAUGCUGACAAUGCCGAGUACAACCGAAUGAUUGGCGACGAAGGCGCGCCCGUCGCGCAACCUACUACUGCCAGCGGCAGCAAACGACGCACCGCUGCUCGGAAGAACAACACGGCGGCAACGCGCAACGAAAAGGGCGAAACGCCCUUGCAUCGCGCCGCCAUUGCUGGCAACGCCGACGCUGUUCGGGCCCUGUUGGUCAGCGGAGCCAAUGUGAACGUCAAAGACUAUGCUGGCUGGUCGCCGUUGCAUGAGGCGAGCAACCAUGGCCAUCUCGAGGUGGUCAGGGAGCUGUUGCGCCACCGAGCGAUGGUCAAUACGCGCGGUUUGGGCGGUGUGACUGCAAUGCACGAUGCCGCCAUCAACGGGCAUGAGGACGUUGUGCUAUUGCUUCUCAGCUACGAGGCCGACGCGACCAUUCGCGACGACCGUGGUCUUACCGUGUACGAUGUUGCCACGCCUGAAGUUCGGUCGGCCCUCAAAGCGAUUCUUCACCGUGACGGUCGACGACGGCUGGCCGCACCUUCAGCCAGCACUGAUGCAAACUCCAGCGUGUCGGGAAGUGCUCGGGGCGCCUCCGCCGACCAAGAUGAUGCACAGUACGAUCAAGACGAUGCAGCUACCGUCGUGGCAUCCACCCAUCAUGUUGAAAGUUCUUCGUCUGAAGCAGAGUCUGGCAGUGACGAUGCACUGCGUACUCGCACCCGCCGCCCAACCACCACGACGACAACCUCCGCCAGCACCACCACCACCACCAGCGCCAGCACCAAACUGCGUGCACGCGAACCCUUCAACAGCGAUGACGAAGAAGCUGCUGACGCUCGCCCACCACGGCAAUCUUCCGCCACGAGCGGCCUUGUGGAGAUGACAGACGCGGACGAGGACUUUGAAUUAAUUGACGGCUUUAUUGUGGAUGAUGAGAACGGCAAGCGCGGCCAUGCCUUAUCGCGCCAGCAGCGUGCAUCGCGUGACUACUACUCCGCGUCGUCCACACGUCGAGUACCCCGCGCGGCAGGCAUCCGAUCGCCCCGUCGCCAUCAGAAUGCGGGAAGUGGUGUGUCGCGACAACGACGCUCGCUCGCCUCAGCCAGCAGUCGUGUGGCUCGAGACAAGGGUCACGCCGUGGCCGGUCGCACCAAACGACCCGCGAGCAGCGGAGCAUCCUCGCCGCAUGGCAAGAGACACACCCGAUACCACGCAGACCAUGCCCGCGAGGCGGGUGGUGACUCGGACACGGGCGUUCAUGCCGCUGCCGCCGCUGGCUUCCAUUUUGACGAUGAAGACGAUCACGAUGAUGAUGUAGGGUCGGAUGACUCUGAUCGCGAGGUCGUCUCGCGUAGCGCUGCUGGUACGAGUCGCCACAAUCCACUGCACUUGGAGGACGACGACGACGAGAACGAAGAGUUGUCCACGAUGGGUCAGUCGCACCACGCCAGCUCGUCCAUCAUUGAUGCUGAUGCCGAUGCUGACUACGGCUAUUAUGGCGACGACAAUGAUUAUGUUGCCACACCAAACUGGUUGCCACGGACUGAACCUUUGCAAACGGACAAUGCUCACGGUCUCAGCUCUGGCGACUCCUUCUCGACCCAGCUGCAACAGCUACCUGCCGCCACCGCUCGUGAAGAUGUUUGGCAGGCUGGCAACAGCAUCAUGCGCGUGCGCCUUCGUGUCGAACCUUCAGGUCACCUGCUACUCAUCCCGUGCCCAGUCACCCUGCCAACAACAACAAUGUCGUGGCUGAUGCGCGAAGCAGAAAUUCGCUACGCCCGGCAGUACGGCGCGGAACCGCGCUUUGCCCACCUCAAGACCAGCGAUGGCGCCAUCAUGUUUGAGGAUGAUUUGCUUGUCAACGUGCUUGCCGGCAACCAGAACGUCACGGCCGUCAUUGGGUCGUGGAAUCGAGAUGCAACAGAGUACUUGGUGUCUGUACUCGAGACGAUUCAUCUGCAGGCUCGUGACGACUUUGGCAUGGUUGUUGUCAAUGCAGAGUCCGGCAAGGCGGUUGACGGCGACGAAGGCGGGGCUCGACGGGGCUUGACGUCCUCUCGCUUGCUGAGCUUGCUCAGUGAAGCGGACGAGACGCGCGUGCUCCUGUUGUCGGGUGUCGGUCUUUUCGGGAGACUAGCGACGACCGUGUUUUCAUGUUUGGAGCAGCACUCGUCCUUGCUUGUGCUUGACCUGUCCGAAAAUGCUCUGGACAAUGACUGCGCUCGAACUCUGGCAGGUGCGCUCCCUGCCCUGGCCAAUCUGACCGAGCUGAACUUGUCUUCGAACGCCUUCACAGCGUCUGGCUGCCGUGCCAUCCUGCAGGCGCUGUCCGGCGCACCAAUCGCAACCGUGCCGCAAGCCUCGCAGGUAUCGUCGGAGAUUGCAAUGAGCAAACUGCAAACGCUCAACCUUUCCUUCAACGCGAUUGGCGAUGCGUGUGCCGUCGCGCUCGGCACUUUUCUGCUCCACGCCAAGCAACUUGUCGAGCUGGCGUUGGACGGGUGCAAAUUGAGCAGCCUCACAUUCCGCACGGACGAGUUCCUCUCUGGACUGAAAGCCGCCAACCGGCUGUGUGCGCUUUCGAUGGCGCACAAUUCUUUCCGGCUACCCAAUGAUGUGGAGCAGAUUUGGUCCGCCAUCGGCCCAAGCAGCAUCACCCAACUCUCGUUGGCAUUUUCCAGCCCUGCAUGGAAGCUUGGACGGCCGUCGGGUGUCGCCGAGGAAUUUGCUGCUGCUGCUGCUGCUGCUGCUGCUGCUGUGGGAAACACAAGUCCGUUGAACGCCCUUGCUAUGCCUGACGCCCUCGUCUCAAGACUGGACUCGUUGAAUGUGUCUGGAAUUGCGGUCGCCGACGAUGUUCUGGCACGCUUUUCAGGCCUGUUCUUUCUCUCGCCUCCUCGGCUUGACGUGCUCGACAGCACGAUUGGCCAUGCGAACGUGUUACGCUGCCUCAAUCUGUACCGUUGCGAAAUAUCAGUCACCGGUACGCUCGCUCUGGCCGUCGGUCUGGCCCACAACGCCACGCUUGAAACGGUCCGACUUCGUGGCAAUCCUCUGAUGACUGGCUUGACUGCACGCACCUACACGGGCCCUGACAGACCCUCAUCUGUGGCUGCUGCGCUUGGGCUCGCACUCGCUUGGCAUCCAACGUUGGCGGUCGCCGAUCUGGCUCAUUGCCAGCUUGACGAGCAGGAAACGUGCGCCUUGCUUGCGGUAUACUAUAGCCAAACGGGGGCGGAUGGGCACUUUACCGCCAAUCCUGCCACAUCUGCUGCUCGCUUUGCCGCCCAAGCUGGAACUUGGGACGACAUGUACAGCCAACCCGCACAGUACCAAUCAGGAGCAGCCACCGCAGAGCUGAUGGCUUCGUCCAGCUUUGGCCCGGCGCUGGAUGCCGAUUUGCGCGUGGGACUUCAAUUUCUGCUCGACAACAAAGUGGAGACGCUUGGAAUGAAUAUCGGAGCUUCGUAUCGCGCCGAACACGAUCGUGCACUGCUGCUCGCCGGCAAUUCGUUUUCUGGCAACGUGGUUUAUGGGCACGAGUCGUCCAGCAACGACGCAAAUCUCGCCACCGACAUUUGUUGCGCGCUUGCCACAAACGAUGCCCGGCUGUGCUACUUUGAUGUGUCUGGCGUAGCACUGCCGGCCCGCGUGACCCAAGCAUGGAUGUCGAUUCGUCCAAACGGGGUUGCUUUGAAGAGCGCCGCUUCUGGCGAGUGCUGCUUGGUGAUGCGAGAUUCCGCGGUUGCGGACGCCGGGGAUUUCUUGCGCAUGUAGUACUUGACUCGUUCUUCAUUUCUUGAUGGGGCUUUCAAGCACUCAAACUAUUUAUAUCGUUAAUCAUUUUUUUUUUUUUUCAUAGUAUCGACUGUUUUAACAAAAAACCAAUAAACGAACAAAACAAAG